AAGCCCUUUUGAAGACAUCAACAGUUUCAGUUUCUAGUGUUUCUACUGGAGCAAACUGAAGACUCGUAGAACAACAACAACAAAAAAUGAGCAAAUUCAAACAACUGCAGUGACAAACAUCCGUUGAGAAAAUGCCCAAGACAUCGAAUUUCAAAACAAUCAAUGAAGCAUCAAUUACCUGCAUCAUCUCCCCCAAUAAUCACCCUUUUGAAAUCCUGCAACACUCUUCGAUGCUUCCAGCAAAUCCAUGUUCAAAUCAUUCGAAAGGGUCUUGAACAUGACAAUUACUUGAUUUCCAACUUCGUUUCACGCUGUUGUUCAUCUUUCUCUCUCCUCCAGUAUGCAACCACUGUGUUCAACUCUGUUUCAUGCGCCAAUACUUGUCUUUGGAACUCCCUGUUAAAGGGUCACUGUAAUUACUCUUCUUUGUCAUCUUCUCUUUCUGUGUUUUCCGCCAUGAGAGCUUCUUCUGAAGGUGCUCCAGAUAAGUACACUUUCCCGCCAUUGAUGAAGUGUUGUGCGAAUGAAUUGGAUGCUUUUGUUGGGGUUGGGAUUCAUGGGUUAUUGAUUAAAUAUGGGGUUGAGGAUGAUGUGUUUGUGGGUUCGAGUUUGGUUGAUUUAUAUGGGAAAUGUAGGUUGAUUAGGGAUGCCCAGAAAGUGUUUGAUGAAAUGUCUGUGAGAAAUGUGGUUUCUUGGACUAGUUUGCUUGUUGGGUAUGUUAAUUCUGAGGAUUUGGUUAAUGCACGGAGAGUGUUUGAUGUAAUGCCCAAGAGAAAUCAGGUUUCGUGGAAUGCCAUGAUAAGUGGGUAUGUAAAGCUUGGACAGUUAGAUAGUGCUAGGAAGUUGUUUGAUGAAUUGCCUUUCAAGAAUGUGGUUUCCUACACGAUGAUGAUUGAUGGGUAUGCUAAAUGCGGCGACAUGUCCUCCGCGAACUUCUUCUUUGAGCAGUGCUCAGUAAAGGAUCUUGUCCUAUGGUCAGCUUUGAUAUCUGGGUAUGCUCAGAAUGGGCUUCCUUAUGAGGCUGUGAAGUCUUUUCUAGAGAUGAAGUUGAGCAAUACUAGGCCUGAUGAACAUAUAAUGGUGAGUGUAAUGUCCGCUUGUGCGCAAGUAGGGAAUAUGAAACUUGCUAAUGAGAUUGAUUCAUACAUGAACCGAAGCUCGUUUGAUCUCCAACGUACACAUGUUGUUGCAGCAUUAGUAGAUAUGAAUGCUAAAUGUGGUAACAUGGAGAGAGCAAGGAGUUUGUUUGAUAAUAUGCCUAAACGGGAUUUAGUCUCAUACUGCUCCAUGAUUCAAGGCCAUGCUCUUCAUGGUCAAGGAGCAGAGGCUGUUAAAUUAUUCUAUAACAUGCUUUCUGAAGGGAUAACACCUGAUGAUGUUGCCUUCACUGUCAUCCUCACAGCCUGCAGCCAUGCGGCACUGGUGGAGGAAGGUUACUGCUUAUUUGAUAUGAUGAGUAAAUAUUCAAUUACCCCCUCGCCUGACCAUUAUGCUUGCAUGAUUGAUCUUCUAGGUCGAUCUGGCCACUUAGAAGCAGCCUAUGACCUUCUUAAGUCAUUACCAAUUGAGGCCCAUGCUGAAUGCUGGGGAGCACUUCUUGGGGCAUGUAGAUUACAUUGUGAUACUGAAUUGGCUGAAGUAGUAGCCAAUCGACUAGUUGAACUUGAGCCACAUAAUGCAGGAAAUUUUGUUUUGUUAUCCAAUGUCUAUGCAGCAGUAGAUCGUUGGUUGGAUGUUUCUAAUGUAAGGAACCAAAUGGUUGAUCGGGGACUGAAUAAAAUUCUUGGUCGUAGUUGGGUUUAGGGUCAAAAGGUUAUUGGUAAGCUGGGUACUUCUUAGACCUCUUCCACAGCAGGAGACAUUCCCUUGUUGGAUUUUUGUGACAUUAUAUAAUACCCUAGUUUUUCAUCAAAGUUUUUGUCGUCAUAUCGAAGUCCACUAAUUGCUCACUGAAAGGAUUUUUGCUCCCUUUUUAAAAUGUGGUUAUGCACAAAGUGCCACUCCUAGGCAUAGGACUGGGUAUGCUGAUACUCUGUAGCCCAUAACAGGUGACCUUUGACACCUGUUGUUAUGGAGCAUUAGUCCUUGUUAAAUUAAUCUCAAGAAUAUUUCUCUGUAUUUCUCAUUAA